GUACAAACUUGCCCGAUUGUUGCUUCCCACCGUCAUCAAGUACCUACGCAUAGAGUCAAGAAUCUUCGUUGUGCGCCACCUUCGCAACCUUGCAUCUGCCCCCCCGCCUUGUGAGGGCUGCAGCUCAAGUUUUCAAUCGUCUUUACUCUCCCCGUUUCGCACCCUUUCGCCUCGCCUCCCAUGGGUGACAUGGCGAACGAGAUCAAAUUGCUCACGGGCAAUAGCCACCCGAUGCUAGCUCGGCUGGUCGCGGAUCGGCUGGGCAUCAGCAUAGCGAAGACGAUGAGCAUGAACUACUCAAACCAGGAAACGAGCGUUACAAUUGGCGAAUCCGUUCGAGAUGAAGAUGUCUUCAUCCUCCAAUCCACUGCCCCCGGCGAGAUCAACGACCAGUUCAUGGAGCUGCUUAUUAUGAUUCACGCCUGCCGAACUGCGUCCGCGCGAAGGAUCACCGCCGUGAUCCCCAACUUCCCCUAUGCGCGUCAAGAUAAAAAGGAUAAGAGCCGGGCGCCCAUUUCGGCGAGGUUGAUCGCGAAUAUGCUGCAGACGGCAGGGUGUGGUCAUGUAAUCACGAUUGACCUCCAUGCCUCUCAGAUUCAGGGCUUCUUCAAUGUCCCCGUCGACAAUCUCUACGCAGAACCAUCCGUGCUCCGCUGGAUCAAGGAGAACCUGAGCAGUGAGGAGGCCGUCAUUGUGAGCCCCGACGCGGGCGGGGCUAAGAGGGCGACCGCUAUCGCAGACCGCCUGGGUUGUGCCUUCGCGCUGAUCCACAAGGAGAGACCGAGGCCGAACGUUGUUGGAUCCAUGGUCCUGGUCGGCGAGGUUAAAGACAAGGUCGCCAUUCUGAUCGACGACAUGGCGGACACCUGCGGAACCUUGGCCAAGGCUGCAGAAACGCUGAAGAGCCACGGUGCAGGCAAGAUCAUUGCCAUCGUUACCCAUGGAAUCCUGAGCGGGAAUGCCGUCGAGAUCAUCAACAAGUCGUGUCUGUCGCAGCUCGUGGUCACCAACUCAGUGCCCAUUGGCGACAAGCUUGAGCGCUGCCCCAAGCUGAGUGUGAUCGACAUCAGCGGAACGCUCGCGGAAGCCAUUCGGCGAACGCACUUUGGCGAGAGUGUCAGCUAUCUGUUCACCCAUGCCCCCGUGUAAACGAUGGGUCGUGUCCUCAUAAGGAGGUUCCAGUCUUUACAGACUUGCGCUGUUGGCCGAAAGGGGCCAUGAUACUGGAGGAAAAAAGGAGAGGUAGACAGUGUGAUCAUACGGGCUUAUCAUUAAGAUUGGUGUCAUGGGCGAAAAUCAUGGGAGGCUUGUUUGUUGCUUGCAGCUC